UGAUAUUUACAUCAAAAUUAAAACUUUAUUUUUCAUAGUUAUAAGUGGCACGUUUAACACACACAAUUUAAGCACCUACGUAUACAAAUUUAAUACAUUUGCAUUCAUUUGGACCAUCAAAUAUAGUAAUAGCGGUACAUAUAAAAUCUUUUAACCAUUCUUUUGCAUUGCGUUGAGAUUGUGUCACAACGUUUUGUUUGCGAUUGGAAAUUUCAUUGUGAUUGCCCCAACACAGUGUGCAAAGGAGUUACAACACCUCGCUUAAGGAUAUCAUGUUUGUGACCUAAAUUCAACAACCCCAACACACCGCCAGCUGAUUCUUGCUUGCAAAAAAGUAGCACAAAUCAUAAAAGUGAAGGUCACAGAACUUAAACGCGGUGCAAGCGUGUGUACCUUUAAUAUUAUAGUAAUAUGUUUAUGUAUAACGGCUCAGAAGUCUAUGGAAAAGCGCCUGAAAUGCACCACAAGAGCCAGUCCACUCAGUAUUUAAAUAACAACAAUGUUAGCAACAACAACGAUAGCCACAAUGAGCAUAAUUUGCGAUAUUGCAGCGUUGAUAACAAUGCAUUUAAUUAUUAUAAGAACGGAAGCGUAAUAAGUCCAUUUUGGAAUUUGAAGAGUCCAAAUUGUUCAUCAAAUCCAAGUCCAUCUAAAAAUAGUACGGCAUCAAGACAAAUAAGCAGAUCUAACUAUUUAGUACCAGAUCAAGGACCCUACGCGAACACAUUUUCAAGCUCAUUUGCGCCGCGGAAAACAGCGGCCAACAACAAUAGCCACGUGUAUCAGCAGGCGAGACAACAGGCAGACUAUUACAAUGCUCCAACACAGCACAAGGGGCGGCAUUAUGGACAUAGUAAUAGUGCGCCUGCCAACCAGGAGUUGGCAAAGUAUUCGCAAGCAUCCCAUGACAAGGAUCAACUCAAGCGGCAGAUAAGAGCUAACAGUACUUGUGAAUAUUUGGACGAGGGCUCGACAUACUCGCACAGCCACAGAUCACCUGCGAUCGAGCAAUCAUGGAGUACUAUAAUCUCUGAACCUCCACGUUUCCAUUCGACCGAUCAGCAUUACGAGCAUUAUUUCUCGUACUUUUACAAUCGUGGCCAAGAGAAGUUAACAAAAUCCUCACCAAGUGCGGCGUACAAACCACAAAUGAGCUUAUUUCAGGAUACACCGAGUAAACGCUCGUCCAAUGCCAAGCGUAGAGGCACAGCCAAUGAUAAUAACCAAAACUUAGAAUAUGAUAGUUAUUUAUUAAAAGAGAAUAAUGAAUUGCCAUUUGGCUAUAGUGAUAGCGAUUGGAUUGAUUACCCUGUCGACCGGCCAGAAAAGUCUGUUUUGAAAACACCUGUAGAAAUACUUAAUGGAAAAGAUGUUUAUGAUCCAAAAGCAAACAACGAUGAACAAUUCGAUCCGAGUAUGCCAAUCCAUCGUCGCUGCAUUCAACUGGGCGAUAUCAAUGAAGUCAACAAAACAGGAGAAUCCGUGUCAGUUAAGAAUAAUUUAACAAAGAAAACACAAAAAGCCACCGAACCUCUGCCGCUGCCUCGACUGCCACUGACACCCAAAAGAAUCAGAGGUGGACAAGCGACUGCCAAGAAGCUAUUACCCACGGUUCAUCGAGUACUCUUAUAUAAUAAUCAGAGCCCCCGUUCGGCACGUCAAGGUGCAGGUGAUCAAGUCACUAGCUAUAUUUUAGAAGAUCCAGAUGCUAAACUCAACGAUUUUCGUGACCCCGAUUACGAUAAUGAUGACGAUUUAGAUAACAUCUCAAACUUUGAUGAGAGUGAUACGGUUAGUAUUAGCUCGGACACUGAAGACGGUUAUAGGGCACAUGCAUAUAAACUGACGCAUUCCGGAGACCGUUUACUGUCAUCGUCGAAAAAUUCGUCAACAUUGCUCUUAACUCAGUCAUCCGACGAAGACUUAAGAAAUCCAGAUUCGGUACUGGUAUCAAGUCUCUUUCCAUAUGUUCCACCCUAUCUCUCAUUUUCAUCGAACACCAAAAAAGGCCCCUAUGUGCCCCCAGAGCUGCAUAGGGUGUUGAAAUGGCGUGUAACAAAUAUUAUGCCAAAAGUUGUACGACUCAUAUUGGCAAAUAGUGGCAUGCGAAUGUUGAAAAAAACAAACGACUGGAUGGGCGUGUGGGGCAAGCAUUUAAAGUCUCCAUGUUUUAAAACAAUUCGCUCGUAUCAAAAGAUAAAUCACUUGCCAGGCUCUUUUCGCAUUGGCCGUAAGGAUUCGUGCUGGAAGAAUUUGCAACGACAAAUGAAGAAACAUAGCAACAGGGAGUUUGGCUUUAUGCCGCGCACCUAUGUAAUACCAAAUGAUCUUUGUGCAUUGCGCAAACGCUGGCCAAAAUACGCGCAACGCAAUACAAAGUGGAUUAUAAAGCCGCCGGCGAGUGCCCGUGGUGCUGGCAUACGCGUGGUCAACCGUUGGGGUCAGAUACCCAAACGACGACCACUCAUCGUGCAGAAAUACAUUGAACGUCCGCUGCUAAUUAAUGGCAGUAAAUUCGACCUGCGCCUGUAUGUACUGGUUACAUCUGUUAAUCCAUUGAGAGUGUUUAUGUAUCACAAUGGUCUAGCUAGAUUUGCUUCUGUAAAAUACAGUGCCAAAGCGGAUACAUUGAAUGAUCGCUGUAUGCAUUUAACCAACUAUAGCAUUAACAAGUUUUCAUCAAACUACUCGAAGAAUGAGGAUGUGAAUGCAUGUCAUGGACACAAGUGGACCAUUAAGUCGUUAUGGACAUAUUUGGCUAAUCGUGGCGUGCGCACCGAUGGCCUCUGGGAAGCCUUAAGGAGUCUUGUUUUGCGCACUAUUUUAGCCGGAGAGAAUGGCAUUAACAGCAUGAUUAGAGCAAAUGUGGAGUCCAAGUAUAGUUGCUUUGAACUGUUCGGCUUUGAUGUGAUACUGGACUCCGAUCUGGUACCUUGGCUCCUGGAGGUCAAUAUAUCACCUAGUUUACAUUCAGAACUGCCACUGGACGCCCAUGUUAAAGCGCCGCUGGUACAAGGUGUUCUCAACACUGCCCUAUAUAAUAUACCACCAAAACUGAGUCUUGAAAAGCAAAGGGAGCUAGCCGCCGAAUUUUCAUUUCCACCUGGUACCCAAAUGUGCUACGAUAAGCGUUUAUACAUUAACUAUCUGUCGCGCGAAGAAAAGAAUAAGCAUAAUAAUUUUACACGAAAAACCAUUGAGAAUCGUGAGGAGUACAUCGAUGCAAUACUUCAUAAACUGACACCCGAUGAUGUACGCUGCCUAAUUGUGGCGGAGGAUGAGCUAGCACGUUGUGCGCCACUUGAGCGUAUCUUUCCCACAGACCAGACCUACAAAUAUCUUAAAUACAAUGACACCCCACGCUAUUAUAAUCGUCUAUUAGACGCGUGGGAGUCACGUUACGCCAAUAACCGUACAGAAGGCAUUGCAUUGUUACGCGACUAUUGUCAAAAUAAAUAUCACUUGCAAGUUCCAGCGCCGCCUGCCAAAAAGGACUUGAACGUUAGCCCCGAUGAGAGCACCGCCCAGAAGUUACUGGUUGAUCGCGACGAAGAGCCCGAUAAAUAAGGGGAAAGUUCCAGUCAUACAAAUGCAAUCACAAUAAAUUCCGAAGAUUUAUAUCAGCGAUUAAUCGGCAUAAAGCAAAACUGUUAAGAUUCAAUAAUGUUCAUCUUGUUAUAUAAAAGACUGAACAAAAUGGGUCAUUAUUUAAUUGUUGACACUUAGAAGUAACUUGUCGUCAUAUAUCGAUGCCGAUCUAUCAAAUCAAAUAUUCAUUAGGUCUAAUUUUAAAGCUCAAAGCGUAUUCAAUGUGUUCGAAAACUAAGUAAAAUUUGAUGUACUAUAAACUAGGAUCCAAAUUUUAUUGUACGCUUAAUACAAAUUUGUAAUUGAACAUUGUUUACGAAACCGGAUGUAAGAUCUUUUGAU